AUUUACUGCCUGAGGAAGAAGAGGAGCAGUACUGCGUGUUACUCAGAGGAUUUGUAAAACUUCACCUGUGUUAUUCCUUCUGUUACUUGUGUUUGAGUCUGCUCGUGUGAUAUUUCUGCACCAUGAAGGAAAGAAGACUCACGCAGCCGUGUGUCGCGAGGUGUAAACUCGUGCUGGUCGGGGACGUCCAAUGCGGUAAAACAGCGAUGUUACAAGUGCUGGCCAAGGACUGCUACCCAGAGACUUACGUCCCCACUGUGUUUGAGAACUACACUUCCUGUCUGGAUCUUGAAGAUCAGCGUGUGGAGCUAAGCCUCUGGGACACAUCAGGUUCUCCUUACUACGACAACGUCAGACCCCUCUGCUACAGCGACUCCGACGCAGUGCUCCUAUGCUUCGACAUCAGCCGACCAGACACAGUAGACAGUGCGCUAAAGAAGUGGAAAGCAGAGAUCCAGGACUUCUGUCCGAGCACACGGAUCCUACUAAUAGGCUGUAAGACAGACCUGCGCACAGACGUGUGCACACGCAUGGAGCUGUCCAAUCAGAAACAAACUCCCGUCUCACAUGAACAGGGUUUGUCCUUUGCCAAGCAGCUCGGAGCAGAGACUUACCUAGAGUGCUCCGCCUUCACAUCAGAGAAAAGCAUCAACAGUGUUUUCCGUACUGCUGCUCUGGCCUGCAUGAACAAACUGCAGCCUGCCAACAAACCUAGCCCCAUCCGCCGCCUCUCCAAGAGACUCCUACACCUGCCCAGCAAGGCAGAGCUGCUCUCCUCCACCUUCAGCAAGGACAAGUCCAAGAGCUGCUCCAUCAUGUGAACACUGCUGAGAUCACACUGGGGGCGAACAGACAGAAAAAGGAGUUGGUGUGCGAGGAAAAGAGAGCAAUGAUUUCUACAAAGCAUCUCUCUCUUUUGCAGCCUCCUCCCCGCCAACCACUCCACAAAAAGUUUGUUACACUCUCUGUGUUCAACUCCAACGCUGGACUCUGAUCAUGACAUCACCAGCGAACACUGCAGAGAGAGUUAAAAAUGUUUAAUGUUAAAAAUAAUUCUGAUCUAUUAAAUGCACCUGUACAAAGGGAGCAUAGCAGGCCCUUUAAGACCUCUCGGAUUCCUCCAGUUUUUGAGAGCCUAAAUUAGGUCAGUGCCUCCUCUUUCCAAAGUGCUUGUAAGCACUGCAUUUUAUGGCAUUACUCUGAUGAGACCCAUUUUAAAUUCUGGUUGCGGUGCCCUUUUCCAUCCAUUUAAUUUCCUGAAUGUCUUUAAGGUCAGGAUGUUAGCUGGUCGACGAGAUGAAAUGUUAAAUCUGACAGUGACAGGAAGUGGUAUCUACAGAAAUGUGGCUCUGGGAUUUCAAAACGGCGGCCCUUAAAGAAAUGAUUUUUCCCAUCCAGCUGACAGUGAAGGUAAAAGGGGGUAAAGAAGGGAGGGAUUUGGAAGCAGAGUGUUCAUCAGUAAAGGCAGUCAGAGGACGAACUGAGCGCACGUUUGAAGGACUGAGUGUGACUCAGCACUCGCAUGAGCACCAAGAGAGUCGAGGGGCGGACAUGAUGUGACAGAAGGAGCACAAAAUCAUGGCAUGAGCAUGUUUUACUCAGAUCCCCUUUUAUUCCCCCUCACCACAACAGUCCUAAUAGUUUCUUUAUUUUAGGAUGCAUCAUUUCAAUGUUCUCAGCUUUCUCAGUCAAUACACACAUGGCUCAUUUUCCCCAUCUAGAGUUGUUAAUGGAUACCAGCUUUUGACCAGCAAAAUACUUUUUUUCUGGACCUUUAAAAUAUGAAGCUAAAAGAAUUAAUGUUUACACUUGCCAAACUGUUUUUGUUCCAAAAGGAGGAUUAUAAAUGUUGUUUUUGUAAUCCUUUGCCUCAUAGGCUUUUUGAAAAUGUCCUCAACCUUGGACUGCUAAAUGUUAUGAACAUUUAACCAAGAUGCUGUCAUUUCCAACCUGAAUUAAAGUGCUGAAGGGAUGUUUCUUCUUAAACCCAGAAACAAACAUUACCCUGGUUUCCUCAUCACAAGUUAACCAAUGGGAUAAUUCUAUUGGAUUUUGGAUAAUUAAAGUAAAAGCUUCAAAAUGAACUUCAAUGGGGUGUUUACUGAUAAUUAUGUCACAGAAAUUAAUUAAGAUAUCCUAAGCUUGUGUUAAUCACAGACCCUAUUUCAAACCUCUAACCAAAAACCCAUUGACUUUGAGAUGAAGGAACUGGAGGUGUAACAAUGUUAACUUAAUCCUGUGCUAUCUAUAGCUGCAUCGACAAUAACCGUCCUGAGAGGACAUGGAGAAGGUUACAUUGAAUCACACAAACAGGCUGGUCCUGGUUUCUUUGCUUCCUUUUUUCUGCUUCAAACACAUUUUAAUUCUAACUUCACUUAAAAGUAUUCCUUAAAUGUUCCAUUUUCUGAGAAGCUUUUUUCUGGAUGUCUCUACUUGCUUCUGGCUGUUUUGUUUUUUUGUAGCUGUUGUUGUAUUUACUCAAGUCUCCUGGCAUUAGCGGGCUGUUGACAGCUCGGCUAAUGGAGGUCUUGAUGAUUUGUGGGUCCUUUCUCUUUAUACAUCCAUGGUCCGCACCGAGGAACCCCCAACACUAGAGCUUUACGUGUUGCCUGGCAACAGAGUGAACAAGGGCCAGGCGUUUGUGUCACGCUGAGACACAAAGAGGGAGGGAUGGCUCUCCCAGAGAGCGCCUCACCUUUUUUAUUUGUAGCAUUAGACAGAAGCCACUGCAAAGGAGGAGGCUGGACAUUUGACAGAGUGGGAGGUCUGCUCAAGAUCUCCACGUGGUUUUAAAGUACCCAUGCUGGUGCAUUGUGGGAAACAUGUUGUCUGAAACAUAUCUCUGUAGCUUCAGUUAUUUCAAUAUGAAGUCAUCAUUCAGUGUUUAUCUCUUGCUCAUUUUCUGAAGGACAGGCUUGUUUUGUUGUACAUAUCCUUCCUAAAAACGGUUUAUUAUAAAUCUCUAAAAUGAAUGUUACUGAAGCAAAACAUGUGUGUCACGUUGCCUUUUAUGGUUCUAAAUUAUUGACUGAAUUCUGUAUUUGUUACUGUCAUACUUCUUUAAAUCUUUAUUUAAAUAAAUAUGUCUGAAGUUCA